AUCCGUAUCCCUGUGGCCUGCUGUGGUAGUAGUAUUUACUAUUUAGUUGGCAAGACUUAGGGUUAGGCUGGUUUUGUUAAUACUACAACAUCAACACUUCUACAGAUUCUUUUCUUUUCUUUUCUUUCUCUUCUUGGUUUGGUUGCUGGAAUACUAUGGAAUCUAAUCCAACAACCAUGGACGCAAAACGCGAACUCGAAGUGGAAGACUGGGAACUGCUCCACCCAAACGACGACGAUUCAAUCGUGUUCGGUGGGCCCCCACUCGACUCUAUCCUCCCCGAUCACUUCUCCCUUAAUCCCAAUUCCAGUUGCAGUUCCAAUUCCAAUUCCAAUUCCUCCUCCGAGGUCGAUCGCAACUUCGACGAUUCCUAUGUUGCCAAUCAGAUAUUCCCAAAUUCCACCCUCGCACCCUGGAACGGGGAUUCCGAUUCCGACACCACCGCCACCAACGCCCCCGUGGUGGCGAUGGCCGAGGCCGAGGCCGAGGCUGUGGUGGAACAAGAAGAGGAACAGAAAAAAAUGGAAGAAGUGGAAGAGAAAGAUGAUGAUGAGGAGGAUGAGGGGGAGGAGGAGGAGGAGGAGGAGGAAGAGGAGAAGGAGAAGAGAUUGGUGUGGUGGAAGGUUCCUUUUGAGGUGUUGAGGUAUUGGGUGAACCCUCUGCCUCUGCCUCUCCCUGUUUGGUCUCUCUCUGUCGCUGCCGCCGCUGCUUUUCUGGGACUCUUCUUCCUGGGACGGAGGUUGUACAGAAUGAAGCGCAAGACUCAAACUUUGAAGCUCAACCUCGCUCUCGAUGAUAAGAUUGUUAGUGAAUCAUGUAAUGUCCCUGAUUGUCGACUUCUCGGCUGUUCUCACACUACGACACUUCACGCGGUGAUAUUUCAUUCAACUUCUUGUUGGCCAGAACCCUUCAUAGAAGGUGUCUCAGCUCAUGGGUCGUGUUGCUCGUCUUAAUGAAGCAUUUUCAGUAGUGAGACGUGUUCCCAUAGUGCGACCACCAUCUCUGCCAUCUUCAAGUGUGACUCUGAGGCCUGUGAUGAGUAUGAGAUGAAGAAUUUGACAAAUUACUUGAUUGAAAGUAGUGUGAAAUGCAAUAAUUGUUUAAUACUAUAAGAAUCCUUUUGUAUGAAUACAUGUAUGUAUGAAUCUAUUAUGUGUGUGGGAGUUGGAUUUUAUGAAGCUUUUCAGUAGCUUCUUGUAUAUGAUUAUGAUAUCCUACCAUACUCUUACUUUUUAUGUCUUGUCAA